UUUACCUUAGUGCAUAUCCUCUUCACUGUUGUACCGGAAUACGAGCAACAAACACAAGAUCUCACCAUGGAUCUUGUGCUGAAUGUUGCGGAUCAUUACGUCCUCACCCCCUACGUGUUCCCAGCCUCCUGGCCUGAGGAGGGCGCUCUGAGGCAGAUCCUCAGCCUGCUGGUGCUCACCAACCUGGGGGCCGCCGUCCUCUACCUGGGCCUCGGGGCCAUCAGCUACUUCUUCAUCUUCGACCACAAUCUCAUGAAACACCCACAGUUCCUCGAGAAUCAGGUUCGGAGAGAGAUCAAAUACGCGAUGACCUCACUUCCUGUGAUCAGCAUCCCCACUGUGGCUCUGUUUUUCUAUGAAGUCCGAGGGUACAGCAAACUGUACGACAACGUCCACGACUCUCCGCUGGGCUGGCCCGGGCUCUUCCUCAGUAUGAUCUCCUUCCUCCUCUUCACUGAUAUGUGCAUUUACUGGAUUCACCGCUUCCUGCACCACCGGCUCAUUUACAAGCUGUUCCACAAGCCUCACCACGUCUGGAAGAUCCCGUCUCCGUUCGCCAGCCACGCUUUCCACCCGGUGGACGGCUUCAUGCAGGGCCUCCCGUACCACAUCUACCCGUUUAUGUUCCCGCUUCACAAGGUCCUCUACCUCGGCCUCUACGUCUUCGUCAACAUCUGGACCAUCUCCAUCCACGACGGGGACUACCGGAUCCCCCUCGCUAUCACCCCCGCCAUCAACGGGUCGGCGCACCACACAGACCACCACCUGUUCUUCGACUACAACUACGGGCAGUACUUCACGCUGUGGGACCGUCUGGGGGGUUCGUACCGGCACCCGUCCGCCCUGCUGGGGAAGGGGCCGCACGAUCUGAUCCGGAAACUGCAGGCCGAGGGGAAGUUAGGAGAGGACAGAGGGAAGGGGAGAGGGAGUAAAGAGGAGUGAUUUUAAAGACAAGUGGUGAUUAAAAAUGUUUAUUUUUGUAAAGACAAUGGGCUGAACUUAGAUACUCCUCAACAAAAUACCAUAUGACACGAUAAGGUAUGGUACUGAAUGGUACGCUACGAUACACUACAUUACAAUAUGAUACGGUACAAUACGGUAUGAUAAUACUUUAUUGUCGGACCAAGUCUGAAUUGUUCUUGCAUCCCUGCAGCUCCAUUGGCAACAUCAACAAGGACGAAUAUUAAGAGAAUAAACACGGAUAAAGACUUUUAACAAAACAGUCACUAAAGACGACAUGUUCAAGACCCUUUAUCUGGGAUUCAACUCAGUAUUUUAGGUUUAAUUGGUUUCGCAAAAGAUUGCUUCGGUCUAAAAAUAACCCAAAUUAAAAAAUACCUGUGAGUUUUAAAUUGGCCGACGUUUAUACACGUGUGUAAAACUGGUCCAAACUGGUAAUUUCUUUGUGUAAUAAGACAAGAAACAACAUAACAAUACAACCACUGAAUACACUAUGUUUAAGACCCUUUAACGGACAUUUCCUCUGGGAUUUAACUCUGUAUUUAAUUGUAGGAGUUACUUCAGUCUAGACAUCGCUAACAUAGGGUUUCUCAAUGGGUUGACGUCGAUCUUUGGGCAGAUUUUCAUUUUGUCGAGUGGUUUUAAACUCUCCUGUUUGCUCUCCUGAAUCCAAAAUGGUGGAACAACUCCCCGUUGAUAUAAAGGACAGCAGAACGUCUACAUUUCUUCCAACUUAGACUGAAAAUCCACCUGUUUCAAUGCUCAAACAUGUGUUUCGUUCUUGUGAUUUGGAUAGAAGCGUCAGCUAAAUGUAAUGUAAUGUAAACGCAUUUAUACCUGCCAAAUAUGCUGUUGUGAGAUUUUAAAUACUUAUAUAAUAAUUAAAUAAUUAAAUUAAAAUAAAAAGUCAAAGUACUGUAAGUCCCUUUGGAUGUAUUAGCAUGUAGCAUGUUAGCAUGAUUUAAUUAGAAGCAGGCUUUGGGAUCAAUAUAUUCUUUGACGCGCCAAACAAAGCCAACAAGCAAGAAGCAGACGGACAUCAUCUGUAAUAAAUAAUGGUUUUGUGCUAGAGACAUGAGGAGCUGUGUCAGUGAUUAAGAGUUUCAUGAUUUAACACUUAGUUUGGGGUUUUUAAUUCAUAUUGAAUCUUAGAAUGUAGAGAAUGAACACCUUUCUUUAAGGUAUUUUUCUAAAUUGUAGAAGAUGAAAUCCUCAGAUUCCUGUUCAUGUCAUGUCUUCUCUCUCUCUGUCUGUUGAGGCGAUAACAUCAUUACUGUGAGAAUAAAACACCUUUCCUCCUGUUGCUGUUUUAUGUGCUUUGACUGACUAAGUGCAAUUACCUUUUUGGAUAUAAAUAAUAAUGAUGAAUA